AUGUCGAGUACAUUCUAGAAUGUGUAAAAGAAAAUACUCUCGAACUUUUCCGAAUAUGCUCUCUGAAUAUAUAAGGGCCCGGUAUCACCCGCCAGAGUUAGUUCGAUUUGAAAAGCGAUUGCGAAAGGAACUGAAAGAAGUUAUCUGUGAGCAUUUAUUUUGAAGUAUCACGUGUCAGUAUUUUUAAUAGUGUGUUUAAUUAAUUCUCGAUUUUGAAGCCGAGAAGAAAAAAGUCGUCUGUGAGCCUUUAUUGUGAAAUAUCAAAUAAUACAAUGCCUAGACGUAAAAAAGGAGGAGAUCUUGCCAGUUCUGCAGCGAAACGGCGGAAACAAAAAGAACAUAGAAGAAAUGAAACGGAAGAAGAGCGCGAAGCACGUUUACAAAAUCAACGAACUAGGAUGAGAACUCUGAGAAGCACAAAAAAUGAAGAAAGAAAAGAGAACGAAAGUAUAGAAGAAUCGAGAAUUUUAAAAGAUAAUUUAACAAAGGAAGCAUUCCACUACGAACCGACGAAAAAAUAUUACAAUCAUAAACAUGUUGUGAUCGGAAAAAUGGAUAACAUUUGCCAAUUUUGCCACGCGAAAAAAUUCAGUAAAGAAAUGUUGUUUAUAAGCAAAUAGUGUAAAAAAUGAGCGAAUGUUUUCAAUAAAUUUUUUUACUAUUA